AUGACUACAACUUCAGUUUCAUCGGAACCAUUAUCAUCAAAUUACUUGUCUAGUUUUUCGUCUUCAUCUUCUUUUCAUAACUUUACUCGUCGUCAUUCAAUUUAUGGAACAGAAGAUAGGGUGGUAUUAGAUAUUGGAUCUUUAUAUAUCAAAGUUGGUUUUUCUGGUGAAUCUGCUCCUCGACAUAUAGUUCCUACAUGGUCUUAUCUAAGACAAUAUCGAGGAGUGGAUGGUGAAGUAAUAAGAGCUAAUGAUGAGUUAGGUGAAUUAUAUAGCCUUAACAUCAUGGCAAAAGGAAAUCUAGAUGAAAUUGAAGAAAGAUUAAAAAAAUUGUUACAUGAAAUUUACUUUCGUUUGUUACUUACAGAUCCAAAAUCACGUAAAGUUAUUAUAUGUGAAUCACCAUUGACGCCCGUUGUAUUGAAACAAAUAAUUGCCAGAUUAUUAUUUGAACACUUUCAAGUGCAUUCAAUAUCAUUUGUUCCUAUUCAUCUUAUGGCUUUACUGACUACAGGCUUAACAACUGGAUUAAUUAUUGACGUAGGUCAUCUGGAAACAACAAUCCUUCCUAUUUAUGCUUCUCGACCUUUGAUACCCUUUAUUUCGACUACACCACUUGCUGGUAAAUCCAUUACAGUACGAUUAAAACAACUUUUGCUCGAUUAUGGUCGCUUUAUUCCACCUUCUAAUCUUCAUUUAUCACUUGCACCACAUCAGAGUAUACCCGAAAACAUCCUGACACCAGAGCUUUUAGAAGAUAUUAAAACUCGUGUUAUUUUUUGUUCACCACUUAUGAUUGUAAAACAGGCACAAAGCGAUGGAGAUCUUGCUUCAAAAAUAGAAUCUUACAAGAAUUUCAGUAGUGCUACUGAUUUAUAUUAUCCUAUUAUACUAAAAGAAGGUACAAAAGCGACACUAUCAAUACCUGGUUGGAUUCGCGAAAGAGCAGUAGAGGUAUUAUUUGAAGGUGACGAUGAUGAACCUAGUAUAACUCAAUGCAUAAUGGAAGCUUUAUUAAAACUUCAACCUGAUUUACGAAAACCUUUAAUUUCAUCUAUGCUUCUUAUUGGUGGGAUCUCUCUUUUACCAGGAUUUCAAUCAAGAUUAAAGCAAGAAUUGUUACGCAUCAUGAGAGAUCCCUUAGAUUAUGAAAAAAGACGUUACGAAUCGCUUUUACGUUUACAUAAAUCGAUCAAGUUUAUUGAUAACUCUGAAGAAAAAGGUUCAGGCCGAGUAUUUAUGAAUAAUGUUAGAGGCUGGGUUGGAGGUUCUUUAGUUGGUUCUCUUAAGCUAUCCGGUGAAGAAAUUCUUAGAGAUAAGUUUACAGGGACUGUAACAGAUUGGUCUAUAGGCAAUUGGAGUCAUUCAUCAGAUAAUAAAUAA